AUGUCGCAUCGAUCAAGCGAUGCAAGCGAUCCUGGCGGGACCGAGCCUGCGGGCAAAUGUGACGCCAGCAGCCAGGGCCGCGAGUCUAAGGCACUAGGUCUCACCGUUCAUCAGCGAUCCGGCCACGGCACGGUCGAGAGGCGCGACAGAAAAAGACGCCAGGCUGUCGUGACAACCGAAAGCAGGGUGCCGAACCGCCGAGGACGACCAGGCUCGAAGGACGUCCGUAGCGCAAGCUUGACUUGCACGAAAGUGGAGAGUGAUUCUGGUGGGCCGGGUGACUUGCAGGGCCCCGAACCAAAAAGAGAUCUUUUGCGCUCCACGAGGGAGCUCCGCCCAGCGGCUUGCGGGUGCGGGCGAACGCUUCGUGUUUCCGAGGACACAAGCGCUCGACCCCGCAUGGGCGUAUCAAGUAUGGCGCGUAUGGGGAGACACGAUGAUGAGGGGCUGCCAUGGCCUGCCCACCCACCAUAG